UUCGUUACGAGAAGCCGUCGUAGAAAAAUUCAACGAGUUACAAACAGGGGAAUUCUAUUUUUAUAAUGAUGAAACAAAAGAUGAGAUCUGGGAUGAAUACCACUUUAAUGACUCAGUACUUCAAGCCGGACUAAUUGGUAACAGCUAUUAUCUUAAGCUAAAAGUCAAAGUCAAAGGUAAAAAAUCGUAUAGCGAUUGGGAUUUAAAGGACGUAUUUAAGGAGAUAUUGGGACAACCAUAUUAUACCUCUUUAGGUGAUAUACCAAGAUUAAACUUUGAUGAACUUCCCCAGUUGAAAGAUCCAUUUUCUGAGGAUGAAUUAAGCCAAUUUAUUAAUGAUCUUCGCAUAACCUUUAAUGCAUUCCGGGAAGAAUUGGGUACUAAUGAAGCAACAGCCCGUGUAUAUAUUGAUGCCUUUAUGAAAAAUGCAGUUUAUUAUAUACAAGAACACAUAAACAAAUCAACGAGGUUAAGUGUGGAAAUACCGUUGGAUGGGAGUCGUGGGUAUGGCCCUGUCGACUACUUAGUAGAAGUCAAUAUAAUUUUGGUACUAUUGUGCGAAGCAAAAUCUGAAGAUAUGAACAAAGGAACUGCUCAGGUACUUGUGCAAAUGCAUAGUGUGAUGGAACGUCAAUUGCGUAAAC